CCCCGGGUCCUAGUGCCGCCCGCCCCGCGGAGAGGUGAGGGUGGCACGGCGCUGGGACGGGAGCGGCCGCGUCAGCGGGUUGUGGGGACUGGCAGGGGUGCUUGAGGCGGGGGGAGCAGGGAGAGUGAGCCCAGGGCUGCAGAAAGGCGCCUCAAAAUGGUGGCUCCGGUCGGCCUGUGACAACAGCGGUUUUGCUGCCACGCUCGUUAGGAACUCAUAUGAUGUCAGAAGAGUUGAAAUCACUCCCCUGGAGCAGAGGAAGGUAACUUUUGAUACCCAUGCUUUAGUGCGGGAUCUGGAAGCCCAUGACUUGUCAGCCCGUAGUUCCCUCCAGCUCUCCUGGAACAGUUUUUGAAAACUGACAGUUUAUUUGCCACUUUCCAGUCCUCAGCUAACAGAGGCUUUGGGAAGGAACAAGCGGAGACCAUCGUGUCGGUGUUGAUAACCCUGUCGAAUGUCAGCUUAGACACAGUCUACAAGGACAUGGUUACACAGGCUCAGCAGGAUUCUUGUCGAGACUCCGCCCAUUGUCCCGGGUCUCUCGGAGCACGAGCAAGAUGCUGCCGCCAAGAGCGCCCCUCCCCGGGAUGGGGACCCCGCUUGCCUGGUGCCACGGCUGAAAUAACGUUACAGCAGAUAAUGGCCCAUUUGGACUCCAUUCGAAAAGACAUGGUCAUCCUGGAGAAAAGUGAAUUUGCAAACUUGAGGGCAGAGAAUGAGAAAAUGAAAAUUGAAUUAGAUCAAGUUAAACAGCAGCUAAUGAACGAAACCGGUAAAAUCCGAGCGGACAGCAAGCUGGACAUAAACCUGGAGAGGAGCAGGGUGACAGAUAUGUUUACAGAUCAGGAGAGGAAACUGAUGGAAGCAACUACAGAGUUUCAUAAAAAAGAUUCAAGCACCAACAGCGUUAUCUCAGAAAUCAGUAAUAAAAUUGACACUGAAAUAGCUUCCUUAAAAACGCUCAUGGAGUCAAAUAAACUCGACACGAUACGUUAUUUGGCAGCCUCAGUAUUCACUUGCUUAGCAAUAGCACUGGGAUUUUACAGGUUCUGGAAGUAGAAGUGAAAUGACUGCAUCAAAUAUGGAUGGAGAAAAGACCACCCGGGCAACACGAGUUCGAGCACGUUCAUGCUGUAAAUAACCUUUUUGGUUUGAUGUUCUUACUGUGCACUAAAAGCGUUUUCUGAAUAUGUAACACUAAAAAUCAAAAUAAUUGGGGAGGGGGAGGCAAGUAGGCAAAUAGUAAUAUUUUAUUGUCCCCUAUCAAAUACUGUAUUUAUUUCAAAGGAUUUCUUAUGCUAAAUCACAAAGUGUUUCUUAAUGCGUUUUAGAAUUAAUUCGGUUUUCUUUUCGGAACAUUCCCAGUGGAACAUCCUCACUCUCAUCUCCUCUCAAAAUGGAAAUAUUAAACUUUUGAUAUGCCCUUGAAAUGAGGAUACUCUUCCCAAAUUAGUAUUCUCAAUAUGGGAAUACGAAUGCCAGAUUCCAACGGAUCUGCUCUGAUCCAAGUAAAUUUAUCUUAAAUGUAGGGUCUGGAUAUUUGCCUGCAGUGUUUUCUUCUCUUUUCUGAUGGGUUGAAGCCUGGCCCUUUGGGGGUUUUAUUUAUAUAUAAACACACACUCUGAGGCCUUUAGUAAAGAGUCCUUGUUUUUCUUGAAAACAGGUUUACAUAAGUAUAAAAUCUCAUGUAGAACUAAAAUGUCUCCAUAGAUUUAUUUUCUUUAGUAUCUCUUGUAAUUUCCAUAAAACCCCAGAGGUCAAUAGAAUGAGAGAACUUCUCCAUCUUGGUCUUUCCAAGGAAAAUUCCUCCACUCCGGGCAGCUCUGUACAAGUAGUGCAGAGUAUUUCCAAAACACCUCAGGUAUUUUGUGAGCAUAGCGUCUGGCUUGUAACAUGCAAAUACUCCGCAUCUGAAUGGUGCUGGUGUGGUGGUUUUCGUCCUCUCACAUCUGGUGGUGGCCCCUCUACCUCUGCAAGGACCUCACAACCCUUCUUGCAGAGAUGGGACAGAGCAGGUGGGUGACUUACAAAAUGAAGCAGUUACACCUUGUCGAGUACAAUUACAUAUGCUCGGUUUGAUUCUUUCAAUAAAAUAAUAAAAGUCCUUCCUGGAUUAAACUUUUAAGAAUAGGCCCUUUGUGAGUAUGUAGUAUGACUAGCGGCAUUUUUAUUGCAGUUUUGUUCUGUUUACGGUUAUUUGCUGGUAUCCUACCCAUUCUUUUAUUCUGUGCAAUAAAUUGUCAUCUUCAUUUAAGAUAAUAAAAUUGAGUUUCUUAUA